UGCGCCGCCGUCUUCUUCCGCGACCACUUCUAUACCAUUGACUCCGUCAACGGGUCCUCCAUGGCGCCCACGUUGUCGCCCCUCGCGCAUGAGACGGGCGCAAAAGACCGCAUCUUCAUAAAGCGCGGCUUCGACCGCCGAGACAUCCAGCGCGGCGACGUCAUCACGUUUUGGAAGCCGCACAAGCAGAGCGAGAUCAGCAUCAAACGGGUGGUCGGCGUAGAGGGCGACACGGUGUACCCGCACAGGGGGUAUGCAUGCAAUCCUGAGGUUGUGAAUGGGCGGCGUGUAGAGGGGUGGGAUGGGCUGGGGAGUCGGGAGUGGGCGUUGGGCGGGGAUGGAGAGGUUGAGCUCGGGAAGGUGGUCGUGCCGAAUGGGCAUGUGUGGGUUGAAGGCGAUAAUUGGCGGCGGAGUUACGAUAGCUGUGAUUUUGGGCCUGUGAGUUUGGGGCUGGUGGAUGGGAAGGCGAGGUGGGUGUGGAGGGAUUGGCUGCGGCUGCAGCCAGUCGGGGAUGAGAGGGAGAAGGGGAGGAGCAAGAGUAUGGUUGUCGCGGGGAAGGGCAGAGUAGAGAGGAGGUUC